UAUUUACCAAAUUUACGUAUCAGCAAACGCGACGUCAAUGAUCUUGAUUAUGUUUUUGUGGUUGAAUAUUUUCACUAUUUUCAAAAAGGUAAUUUCUCUUGAGACUGUUGCAGCUAUUCCAUCGUCUUGAACUUCGAUAGUAAUAUUUUUACUGUCACAAAGUUCCUAUUUCCACUCGUUAUUUUGUAAAGAGUUCCCAAUGAUCCGGAGCCAAAUUUAUCAAUGAUGUGGUUGGGAAUCUUGUAUCCUUCCAUGAUGAUUGUCUUUACUAAUAAUUUAAUAGUAAGGACAAUGGCCAAGGCAGAUAUUCCAUCAUCAGUGUUGUUAAAUCACCUGUGCAGGAUUCUAUAACCAUAUAAAGACCAAAUGUUUUGUUUAUCGUAUCACCAAACGCAACGUCAAUGAACUUGAUUAUGUUUUUGUGGUUGAAUAUGCUCACUAUUUUCAAAAGGAUAAUUUCUCUUAAGACUGUUGCAGUUAUUCCAUUGUCUUCAACUUCGAUAGUAAUAUUUUUACUGUCACAUGGUUCCUAUUUCCAUUCGUUGUUUUGUAAAGAGUUUCCAAUGAUCCGGUGCCAAAUUUAUCCAUGAUGUAGUUGGAAAUCUUGACAAAAACAAAUCAGUUACAAAAUACAAUUUCUAAAAGAAAUUCUUCAGAAAAAAUCAGUUCAACUAAUUAACGAUUUGUGCUCUCUAAUAGUUAGUAAAAGAGUUUUUCCACUCCAUCAGUUGAACAUUAUUUUUAAUCUGGCUGGUAAAUUUUGUAUGACUUGUACAAAUUAGUAGCACUUGAUCUCAUCGAAAAUUACAAUGAUGCGUGGUAGUUGAUAUUUCUUAUUGUGUCAUUUUGUAAUUUUUUGUUGGUUGACGUCCAUCUGAGUCUCUUUUGUUCCAUUAGUAAACUGCUUUUUUGGUACCAGAAUGUUUGAAAAUACCACUUGGCUUAAAUAAUGUCUCGGCUGUUUUCCAAGAGGUAAUUAAUAAUGUUUUCCAUCCUCUUAAGAUGGUACUUGUAUUGACGAUGUGUUAAUACUGGAUCAUAAUAUCAUAAUAAUUGUGUUCAACUGUCUAUUAAUUAGACGAAUUUUUUAUUAGGUUCGUAGUAUUUCAAUUAAUUUAAUUACUUGUGUAAAUAUUUAAACGUUUAAAUCUAUAAUAUAAAAAAAUGAAUCGCAAAAUAUGUGGGUAAGCGCAUAACUCAACAACGCCUGGACCAAUUUGGCCAAUUCUUUUUUUAAAAUGUUCGUUGAAGUUCAAGGAUGGUUCUUACGGCGAGAAAAAAUCGAAUAAUUGCCGGGAAAACCCUAAAAACAGCCCUUUUCUUUUUGACAUACAAAUGUCAAUGUCAAAUUUUCUGUUAUACUCUACCGAGUGUGCUUUUGUUAUUGCAUGUGACACAAUAUUUUAAUAAUGCCUCCUAUAAGACGAGGCAAUUUAAGUAGAAGAACACGAAAUGCUACAAACCAAGCUAAUUACCGAUCAAAUCGUACUGCACAAUAACGUGACGAGCGAAAUGAACAUGAAAGAAUUAGGAUAUCACAAACACGUGAAGCGCGAGCACGACUUUCAACUAAUAAUCGCGCAAAUUUGAAUCGAGCUGCUUUCAGUUACGAUGUCUCAAUUGACUACAGUAACUACCAAUGUGUUGUUAUUGGUUCUAUGAACUCGGUUUGCUCACAUUGUAAAGCAUUAAAAUACAAAAACGAAGCCAAUGGAUUGUGUUGCGCAAAUGGUAAAGUAAAAUUAAUACCAUUGAAUCCACCACCAGAGUUAUUGUACUCAUUGGUUUCAGGAAUAGGAACAGAUUCCAUACACUUUUUGAAAAAUAUCCAACAAUAUAACAAUUGCUUUCAAAUGACUUCAUUUGGGGCAACAAAUGUGGUUCGGGAAAAUUUUAUGCCAACUUUCAAGAUACAAGGCCAAAUAUAUCACAGAGCAGGUUCAUUGUUACCAGUGCCAGCUAGCAACUAUGAAUUCCUGCAAAUUUAUUUUAUGGACAAUUCACAACAAGAAAUAGAUCAGCGUUGUGCAUAUAACAAUUUAGUAAAGAGGCCUAUUGUAGAACAAUUACAAACUUUUUUUCAUGAACACAAUCAAUUGAUUAUAUUGUUUAAAAGUGCACUUGAUCUGAUGCCAUCUGUUCAUUUAAGCAAGAAUAUGCGUGUUGAGUUGCAAAAUGACCAAUCUGGAAACAUAUUCUCUAAACAACUCAUUGACAUUGGUAAUGGCAAUUUUCCUAUUGACAUGUUGACUGGAUGCAUUAACUUUCCUCAAAGUUUUUGUCAUUUAACUCAAUCAAAAGAAGAACUCAUUCAGAAGGUAUUUCCAGAUGUUGCUCAAAAUUACAGAAACCAUGAUUGGUUAAGCGAACGAGCUAUAUUGGCAGCCAAAAACAUUGAUGUAAAUGAAUUAAAUUUCAAAAUUCAAGAACAAAUUACAGGCGAAUCGAGGAUAUAUAAAUCAGUUGAUUCGGCAACUAACCAAGACGUUGUAGUUAACUAUCCACCGGAAUUUUUAAACUCGCUGGAUUUGCCAGGAUUGCCACCUCGCAAUCUUCAAUUAAAGGUUGGAUCGGUAAUUAUAAUGUUGCGAAAUAUCAACCAACCGCGCCUUUGCAACGGCACACGGUUAGCGAUAAAAAAACUACUAAACAACGUGAUAGAAGCAACUACAUUGAAAGGAAAGUAUAAAGGAGAAGAUGUUCUCAUACCGCGCAUCCCAAUGAUUCCGACUGAUGUGCCAUUUGAGUUUAAACGACUACAGUUUCCAGUGCGGCUUGCUUUUGCUAUGACCAUAAACAAGUCCCAGGGGCAAUCAUUAAGUGUUUGUGGUAUUAAUUUGGAAAACCCAUGUUUCUCACAUGGUCAAUUGUAUGUUGCCUGUUCCCGUAUUGGAAAACCAUCAGAUUUGUUUGUCUAUGCGCCAGGUAAUCAAACAAAAAACAUCGUUUAUCACAAAGCACUACAAUGAAAAUAGAA